UCAGUUUAACUCUCGAUAAUUCCGCAGCUGGUUAAGGCAAAACCGUUCUUCUUAAUCGGAGCGAAUUAGCGACUGCGAUCGGAGAAGAAGAAGGAGAGGGCCAUGGGAAUCUCCCGAGCUCGCUCAAGCACCGUUUGUAUUCUUCUGUUACUCUCGCUGAGCUUAUUCCCCUGUGCUUUCUCUAAAUCUCCUCGUCCCAUAUCCGAUGUGGAGAUCAGGGAGAAGAAGAACCAAUGCUAUGCUGAUAUAGAUAGUGGGCUAUGGGGUUGGCAAUGCAAAGCUUCUGCUAUUGCUAAAGAGAAUUGUGCGCUGCGAUGCCUUUCUCCGGUUUGCUAUGAGCUCAUCUAUGAGAGUGAUCCACUUGAGGAAGGUGAGAAAGAUUUGAUUAGGAGCCAAGAGUACAAAUAUUGUAUGUACAAGUCUUCGCUCGGGGAGAGCCUAGAUGGUGUUCGUGGCAGCUUUUUAUAGAACCAAAGGCAACACAAGAGUUUCUUUAUUUGUGCUCUCUUCCAUGUUUGUAAGACUUCGAUUUGUUUCAAACGCUAAUAAUGUGAAAGUUAAAAUUGCUGUU